AUCUAUAUUAGAAGCAGAAGAAAUUACUUAUGAUAAUUGGAUUGAUGAAAGUGAAACAUCUAAUGAUAAUGAUAAUAGUUAUGAUGAAACCUCUGAAGAUGACAUGGCUAACCAACAGCAAACUAUACAUAAACAUCAACUUCAAAGCAAAGCCAAUCACCAAAA